AUGGCCUUCCUGCAGAAGUCUAUGAGCUUUUCCCUUAUGGGGACAUUGGCCAUCAGCUGCCUGCUUCUCAUUGUCCUGUGGGCCCAGGAGGCAGCGGCGCUGCCCAUCACUUCCCACUGCAAGAUUGAUGCGUCCGACUUCCAGCGGCCAUACUUCACCAACCGCACCUUCAUGCUGGCUGAGGAGGCUAGCCUUGCAGAUAACAACACAGAUGUCCGGCUCAUUGGGGAUGAGCUCUACCGGGGAGUCAAAAUGCAGGAUCGAUGCUACGUGAUGAAGGAGGUGCUCAACUUUACCCUUGAAGAAGUGCUGUCCCCCCAGUCAGACAGAUUCCAGCCCCACAUGCAGGAGGUGGUGUCCUUCCUGACCAAGCUAAGCAACCAGCUCAGCCUCUGUCGCAUCAGUGGUGAUGGCCGGCGCAUCCAGAAGAAUGUACAAACAAUGAAGGAAACAGUAAAAAAGCUCGGAGAGGGCGGGAAGAUCAAAGUAAUCGGCGAGCUGAACCUGCUGUUUUUUUCCCUGAGAAAUGCUUGUGUCUGA